GCGGCCCCAUAAAAGGCCUCGCGCACGGCUAGGCCCCGUACCGCCGUGGGAGCCGGACCGGUAGCGACCGCAGCUCAAGAUGUCUAAAAAAAUCCAUGGAGGUUCUGUUGUGGAGAUGCAAGGAGAUGAAAUGACACGGGUCAUCUGGGAACUGAUUAAAGAAAAGCUGAUUUUUCCUUAUGUAGAUCUGGAUUUGCACAGCUAUGACUUGGGCAUUGAGCAUCGUGAUGCUACAAAUGAUAAAGUAACUGUGGAAGCUGCUGAAGCAAUAAAGAAAUACAAUGUUGGCAUAAAGUGUGCAACCAUCACUCCUGAUGAGAAAAGAGUGGAGGAGUUCAAGUUGAAGCAGAUGUGGAAGUCUCCCAAUGGCACAAUUAGAAACAUCCUAGGUGGCACUGUCUUCAGGGAGGCUAUUAUCUGCAAGAACAUUCCCCGGCUGGUGUCUGGAUGGGUGAAACCCAUUGUCAUUGGCCGUCAUGCUUAUGGGGAUCAAUACAGAGCAACUGAUUUUGUGGUACCUGGGCCUGGAAAAGUAGAGAUGACCUACACUCCAGGAGAUGGAGGCAAACCAGUCACCUAUCUGGUCCAUAACUUUGAAAGCUGUGGUGGUGUAGCCAUGGGAAUGUACAAUCUUGACCAGUCUAUCAAGGAUUUUGCCCACAGUUCCUUCCAAAUGGCACUGUCUAAAGGCUGGCCCCUCUACAUGAGCACCAAGAACACCAUCCUGAAGAGAUACGAUGGCCGCUUUAAAGACAUCUUCCAAGAAAUCUAUGACAGAGAAUACAAGUCCCAGUUUGAAGUCAAGAAGAUCUGGUAUGAGCAUAGGCUCAUUGAUGACAUGGUUGCUCAGGCCCUGAAAUCUGAAGGAGGCUUUGUCUGGGCCUGCAAAAACUACGAUGGGGAUGUGCAGUCUGACUCGGUUGCGCAAGGCUAUGGCUCUCUGGGGAUGAUGACCAGUGUGCUGAUCUGCCCUGAUGGCAAGACUGUUGAAGCAGAAGCUGCUCACGGCACAGUUACUCGUCACUACCGCAUGCACCAGAAAGGCCAAGAAACCUCCACUAACCCCAUUGCCUCCAUCUUCGCAUGGACAAGAGGACUAGCUCACAGAGCUAAGCUGGACAACAACACUAGCCUCAAGAACUUUGCAGUUGCCCUGGAAGAAGUCUGCAUUGAGACCAUUGAAUCUGGCUUCAUGACAAAAGACCUUGCUGCCUGUAUCAAAGGUCUACCUAAUGUCACACGCUCUGACUACCUGAACACCUUUGAGUUCAUGGACAAGCUUGCUGAAAACUUGAAGGGGAAGCUGGCCUCUCUGCCCAAGCUUUAAGGCACAGGUUCUACUCAAGCUCCACAAACAAAGCGUCUCCCACUUACACCAGAGUGUAAGUGGCAUUGUAUCACACUCUGUUGUGUAACAUUUCAAAUACUAGACAAAAAUGAACAUGUACACUUUUUUAAAUGUUUAAAAGACCAUGUUUUCUUAAACCCCUUGAGCUGCUGGGCUAGGCCCUACUUUUGCUAAGCAGCUGAAUGUGACAGUAUUCAAGCUCAAUGUGGGUCUGGAUUCCUAAUGUCAUUCACAGCAGACCUGCGGUUUCUCUCCAUGACUUUGUGAUCUGUGUUUCUUUUCUGUUUUCCUCUCAGACUGAAAGCCAGUCUGUGUCACAGCUCUGGUUAAACCAGUGGUGACUGACUUACUGUCCAACAGGCCUUAGAAAUCAGAACUGUCCUCAUCUCUCCAGUACUGUCCACUGACUAUAAGUAAGUGAGCUCAUAGGGCUAUGCCAGCUCCACUGCAGCCCCUCUCUUAAUUUAUCUUUUAGUGCCAACGAGAGCCUAGUACCCUGAUACUAAGGGAUUUGGUCCCAUUGCUACAGUCAGGACUGUAGCGUUUGAGAAGAAGCACUUAGUAACUGCUGGAAACAAGCCCUAUAGGCUAAGAGCCUAAUAAAGCCAUGCUGCAGUGUCUAAAUGCAGGGCACAUAUUUAGUUAUACUCCUCCUGACUGGAGGUGAAGCAUAGGAACUGUUACCUUUUCCCCCACCCCACAAUUCAUAAAAGUGCAAAACUUUUCUCCAGUUGUCUGGGCUAUUACCCUUCCUGUUGUGAUACAGCAAGUCAGAUUAUGACUGUGAAAAACUAUUCCAUCCAUGGGUUUGUGUUUGUUUGGGGUUUUUUUUUAAGAAUAUUUUAGUUCAGGCUAAAAUAAAAGCCAACUAACAUUCUUUGUGUCUCUCCUUCCUUUAUGUGAUUAGCAGAUACGGGGAAACUCUGCCUCAGAGAGAGACUCCAGUACCUUUCAGCAGAGUCCAGUACAUGCUGGGACAGACUGUUGGAAUGCAAUACAAACACAAAAUAAUCUCUCCCUUUUUAGAGUAGAGUUUUAAUUUAUUCUGGCCCAUAGCAAGAUGUGAUCUGUAGUGUGGUGGUAAGCAUCAGGUAGCUCACAAGAAUUUAAAGGUACCAUGUCCAUUGAAAUUUUAUUUUGAGACUAAUACAAACUCAAACUGAUGUAUCACCACUCAACAAAGAUUAGCAACUAGUUAUUCAUAAGACAAACUCUCACCCUGCAGCUGACUAGCUAUAAGUGUUUGUUAGGAUAGAAAUGCUACGUUAGACUACAUCAGCUAGUAUUAACAUUAGUUUUGGGAUGAGCAUGUGUUUGAAGUGCAGCUCUACAACUGCUAGCAGCUGUCACUGUGCCUUCAAUGUAAAUGAACACAGUAGUCUGCUAUUCUGUUAUUAACACAAGCAUGUAAGGAAUGCAGCUGGAAAGAGUCCCAUUGCUGACCCAUAGAAGCAAUGGAAACAAUCAUCAGGAACAUCUGGAGAGCUAUGUUCCUGCCUGGCUUCUGACAUCAUUAGUUCAAAUUACUGUGCCACUGUCAGGCAGGUCAUGCUACAACAGCACCUCUAACAAAUUCCCUGUUAUUUACUAGCUCCUACCUGGCUUCUGGAGUUACAGAGUACCAGAGAAAGCUUAUUACCUUUCAGGAAACUGAACAAAUAAAUGGGCAUUUUUAAAUCUU